AUGGCGAUUGCACUUUCUGACCGAGUGCUCCGGCGGAACUCACCACAUCUCCUGGACACAGCCAUCCCAUAUGCUGUGCUGCUGUUAACAUCUGCAGAAGAUUUGGACUGCACUCCUGGAUUUCAGCAGAAAGUGUUCCAUAUCAAUCAGCCAGAUGAAUUCAUUGAGGACCGGUCGAUUCUAAACUUGACCUUCAGUGACUGUAAGGGAAAUAAUAAGCUGCGCUAUGAGGUCUCAAGCCCAUACUUCAAGGUGAACAGCAACGGCGGCUUAGUUGCCCUGAGAAACAUAACUGCAGUGGGCAGGACUCUGUUCGUCCAUGCGAGGACUCCACAUGCGGAAGACAUGGCAGAACUCGUGAUUGUCGGGGGGAAAGACAUCCAGAGCUCCUUGCAGGAUAUAUUUAAAUUUGCAAGAACUUCUCCUGUUCCAAGACAAAAGAGAUCCCUUGUGGUAUCUCCCAUUUUAAUUCCGGAGAGUCAGAGACAGCCUUUCCCAAGAGAUGUUGGCAAGAUCAUCCAAGAAAAGGAAUUUGGAAAAAACAGUAACAGCUUCAAAUAUCAUGAUUUGGAGAUUGACAUGGUAGAUAAUGAUGCUGAACUCAUGCAGGAGGAUGUCAUUGGUUAA